AUGUCACUUUUAUGUCAGCAAACCUUUAUCUGCACAUCAUUGACUCUUUUUAAUUCAUUCUUUUCGAUUGUAAUUCUUUUGUAUCGGAUUUGUAUGUCAUUAUUUUUUUCUUCCUUUCUUUUUUUUAUUUUUUUUCUGUUUUAUUUUUCUUUAUUUUCUUCUUUCUCGUUUUUUGAUCGUUAUUUUAUUUUACUUUUCUUUCUUUCUUUCUUUCUUUCUUUCUUUCUUUCUUUCUUUCUUUCUUUCUUUCUUUACUCAUCAUCAUAUCCAUUGGUUUCUUUCUUUCUUUCUUUCUUUCUUUACUCAUCAUCAUAUCCAUUGGCUUCUUUCUUUCUUUCUUUCUUUCUUUCUUUCUUUACUCAUCAUCAUAUCCAUUGGUUUCUUUCUUUCUUCCUUUCUUUCUUUCUUUCUUUCUUUCUUUCUUUCUUUCUUUCUUUCCAAUCUAUUCCUUUCAGUUUUACCCUUUCUUUCUUUCUUUCUUUCUUUCUUUCUUUCUUUCUUUCUUUCUUUCUUUCUUUCUUUUCUUCCUUCGUUCUUUCUUUCUUUCCUUCCUUCCUUCUUUCUAUAUUUCUUUCUUUCUUUCUUUCUUUCUUUCUUUCUUUCUUUCUUUCUUUCUUUCUUUCUAAUCUAUUCCUUUCAUUUACCUUUUCUUUCUUUCUUUCUUCCUUCGUUCUUUCUUUCUUUCUUUCCUUCCUUCCUUCCUUCCUUCUUCUUUCUUUCUUUCUUUUCUUUCUUUCUUUCUUUCUUUCUUUCUUUCUUUCUUUCCAAUCUAUUCCUUCCAUUUACCUUUUCUUUCUUUCUUUCUUUCUUUCUUUCUUUCUUUCUUUCUUUCUUUUCUUUCGUUCUUUCUUUCUUUCUUUCUUUCUUUCUUUCUUUCUUUCUUUCUUUUGCUUACUUGCAUUCGUUUCUUUUCCCUUUCUUUUCUGUUUCCUUCAUUUAUGUCGUUCAAUUUCUUUCUAUUAA